AUGACUGUCGUGAUUGUUGUUAAUAUAGGAGAUACCCGAGUAGAGAUUGGCUAUGCAGGAGACUUUAACUUCGUUGGUACAAUACAGAGAACCAUAGAUUGGCUAGACGAUGAUAUACAGGUACAUACCAUGUGUAGGAGUUGGUUCCAUGAUAUCCUGAUGUAUAAUAGUAAAGGCGUUAAAAUAGUGAUAUCUGAACCUCUUUGGUUGUCGAUACUCAGAAAACAAAGGCUAUGCAAGGUUUUAUUUGGAAGACUUAAGGUGAACUCUAUCUGUUUUGUGCCGAAUUGCCUUGCUGCAUUUAUUGGAGCAGGAAUUAGGAACGGACUUUAUAUUGAGGUAAACUCAAAGAAUACAGAGCUCAUUCCUAUCUUUGAUGGGAGAAUUUUGGAUUCAUAUAGUAGGUCAAGUAAAUUAGGAAGCGACAAUGUUGAUAUUUUCUACCAAAAUUCAGCGGACUCUAAUGAUGAUGACGAAAUACCCUUGUCAGUUCUGAUGGACAAUGUGUUAUCUAAGCUACCCAUAGAUAUCUUUAAACACAUAUCUGAGCAGAUUGUGCUCAAUACUGACAGUAGUCAAGUGGAGAACUGCAUUGUGGAACAAAAAAACGUUGUUGCUGGAAUGGGACCCUGGAUCGGAACGUCGAUCUAUACUUGGAAUAACUUGAUGAAGGGUCUUCUUGAUAACUUAGAAAUUGCCAAAUCUGAGUACGAACAAAAUGGUCGAGUUCCAGAUUGGCACUCAAGCAAAUUUGAGAUUUAA